CGUUGGAGUUGGUUGGAGUUAUUUUAUAGGAUUUACAUAUUUGAUAGUAAUGAACAAACCCAGUAUCCUCACUGCGGAGGAAGAGAAAGAAUGUAGACCCAACCCUGACCAGUUCGAGCGAUAUUUACCAUGGGCUUGCAAACAGCUGCAAGUUGAAAUGAAAGUUGUGGUCACUAAGAUUGUACAACAUGAGUACGUAAGCGUCAGUGCUCUGUCGGAACGUUCCAGAAACAAAGCAAAAAACAAAUCUAAGGCAAUUCAAUCCAAAAUAGACGUAGCUUCAGAAGAAAACAAACAAGAUACUGUGAAGCUCUCUCUAGCUACUCAAAACCUCGUCAAUAUAUUCGCUGUAUAUGACAACUCAGACAAUUUAGUACAAAUAAAAUUCGAAAAGAACAGACAGAUACCACGAGUAAUCUUCAAAACUAUAGCGCUAAUUAUAAAAUACCAAUUGUACUUAACUUCAGUCGUUAUAAACAAAGGAUUAGAUCAUUUUGGUGUCUAUGAAUUGUGCAAACUUUUAUCAGUGGCGCAUAUUACUGAGGUGUGCCUAGAUGACACAGCAUUGAAAAAUGCCAACUAUCAUAUUCUGCUUGAAAACAGUACAGUAUUAAGGCAACUAUCAUUAUCAAGGUGCAGCAUAGACGACCAUAUCAUUGAGACUAUUGCAGCUACACUAGUCCACCCUCUUCCGGCAUCAAAAACUUUGUCUAUACUCAAUUUAUCUUCAAAUAGAAUAUCCGAUUUGGGAGCAAAAUAUCUAGCAGAAGCAUUAAGAUCUAACAGACAUCUCUGUUAUCUAAAUCUAGCUGAUAACAUGAUAUCAGACGAUGGUGCAGAAAUCAUAUUAAAUUGUCUUAAGGAAUUCCCAUUAGUUUCUGAUGAGUUAAUGGCAUCGAAGGCAAGACUUAUGAAGUUCUUAAAAGAUAAAAAUGACUUAAUAGGUCGAAUGGUAAAAGAUUUAAGAUCUAGUGAAUUUGAGAAGAGACCUGUUAAAAGAAAAACUCUAAGACCUGCCUCUACUGCUACUGGAAAGAGGAAGGGAGUAGAUCAAUCAUCAUCAAUAAAAUCAAUGCCUGAAUCAAAAAGUUUAGCUAAUCUCGAUGCAGUCUUAAUGGAAAAGGCCGUAGUUAUGGCUGAAAAUAUGAUUGGAGAAUUUAACGAUCCAUUUAGUAGAAUAAAUACGUUUGUUACAGAUGGUAUUGUUCAAUGUUACGGUAACAAUAUGCUUGCCUAUUUAAAUCUUGCGUAUAAUAAUCUAACUUUUAUUACUGUAAAGAAAUUAUUAGAUGUGUUGCUACUACAGAAGUCAUAUGGCAGAAACCCUAAGGGUAUUAUAAAUGUUUCUAUAGAAGGUAAUAAUAUGCCGGUAGCUUGUAAGGAGUUAUGGGAUAUUGAUGAAAUUUUAGAAAUGGGUCUAAUGUCAAAUAAUGCUAAAUUAUCCAUGACAAAGAAACGUACUGUACCCAAAACAGUGCCUCGUUUAUAGAAAUAUAGAUAUUUUUAAGACGUUAUGUUUAAUUUAGAGAAUAUUUAAUAUUUAGAUAUAAUUUUGAACUUUACAUAGAUAUUUUAGAGUAUUCAUUAGACAAAUUAUGUAAUUUUAAAUAUUGUCUUGUUUAAUAUUUAGUUUUAU